GGUCACAUUAAAACCAAAUGUAAAUAAGCCUAAUUAAAUGUCGUCUACAAUAAUUAAUCCUAAAUUUUUCCUUGUGUAAGUAAUAGCUAACAGUAUUUUCAACAUACCUCCUGAAAUAAGCAUUUCCGCAUCUAUGUCCAUAUAACAUUUUUCCAUCCUUCAAGUGUGAGGAAUAUCUCCUGAAAUUUUUGACACAUCUUUUUAGAACACCCUGUAUAUUAGUGAUUAUCUGCGAAUAAUAUCGUUAUAAUUUAUCUAUCGUAACGAGAAAUUCCAAGACACACGACUAAUCUCGACUUUGGAAUAUCUGGAAAAGUAGAGAGACACGAAAAAUUGUCAAGUUUCUUUCAUCCAUAUUUCCAUCUAAUUUCGAUAUUACGAGAGUCGCGUUAUUGAAAUUGCGUGACGUAAUCGGCAACAAAGAGCGCCGGUUAGACGCUCCGUCCUUGUUGACGCGGAAAAGGAACAGCGUAACACGAUGGACGUCUCUCGAGUGUCCCGCGGUGCCCCUCGAGUCUCCCCGUGUCUCCCAAAGACGAGGGGGAGACGGGACAACCACCAUCGUGGCGGAUCACGGGGGCGUCGAGAGAAAAGCGAGAGCAGGAGAGAGAGAGAGAAAGAGAGAGAAGGAUCGCCGAGGGGGAGUCGCGGGUGUAUCGGGGGAGAGCGAAGCUUAACGCAUGUGCACAGGGCGCCUCGCGUCGCGGCGCUCCGGUCCCGCCGCCGGCUCGGAGGCUGCGAAACUGAGCGGGCGGAAUUCGCGGAUCAGAGUCGUCGCAUCUCUCGCUUAAGAUAUACAUCACCGCGGCACCGUCCGCGGCUUUCCAUGGGUAUCGGCGAGCGCAGUGCCGUCCCGACGCUGGCUGACACGCACCGAGCGCCAACCGCGAGGACCGCCGAUCGCGGACGGGAUGCUGCGUCGUUGGACGGAUCUGCUCCGGUGACGAAUGAUAACCCUCGAGAUUACGGUUUCUCGCGCGACGCGACACACGUGCGGUGCGCCUUCGAGUGCGACAGCGAGCUGCCCGACAGAUUCGCAGCAGCGAGACGCGAGUCCGAAGCGACACGACCAUCGACUUCCAGUUAACAAAUCCUGAAGGAUCGACGAUUUAUUUUCUCUCUGGUACUCUGAAAAAAAUAUUGUAACUUUCGGGAUCAUCGAGCCUCGGCUCGCGCUAAGGCUGUACGUUGACGACUAGGGAGAAGCUGUGCGACAUUGUGUCGAGCGAACAUUUCUGACAAUUCCAACCGCUUCGUCAUCGAUUCAUCGUGUAAUAGUUUAAGGAAGAAUUAAAAGCGAGCGAGGAAACACUCUUCGUUUGGAAAGCGAGGCUGGACUUUGCGCUGGUACAAGAAAAUCUCGUUUCGAAUCUGCGUUUUGUAUUGUAGACUUUGGACAUUGUAGAUCUUGUCGAUCGAGUUAAAUCGCAGAUCAUCGAAUACAGUUGACCUCGCGAUCCUUGCUUUAUCUUGAAAAGGUACGACCAAUAACUCAGGUUCUCGUCGGCGAUUUCAUCCGAAUAGAGGUGCGUGGAGGAGAAUAAUUUCGGAUGAUCUGAUCCGCUUCAUGUUGCGCUAAACCGAUCGCUCGCUUAUUUUUUAUCGUUAUUCAUCAGCACGCGCGGCUCUGCGGUCAGCUGAUCGUUUCGCGAAAUCCCCUUGUAAGACAAUCCAAGAGACUCGUAAGAAACUCAUUUCGAGAAGCAGCACCAUCACGAUCCGAUCGGAAACGUGCCGAGAGUGUUCCGUGCGACUCGUCGAGUUCGCGUAGAACCGUUUGCGAAGAUCUCGCGAGGGCCCAGCGAGAGGAGGGUGAUGGUGAAUGGACUCACAUGGUUGCUCUACCCAAUAGACAGUGAGUCUGUUCGAAGGACACAUGGUUCGUCGACGGUGUUGGGUUUUUCUGAUCCCACGCAGUUUCCCGUCGUACCUGGCUCGGUGACUGUCGGCGAAUCCGUUCGCUCUUGGUGGACAAAGACUUCCGAGAAGGUGGUGGUGCGCGAAGGGAAGUACCAGCCACGACGGGGCCCAGCGCCGGGGCGGAGACAAGGCCCCCGGUGCAGGGAAGAAGCGAGACAGGGGAAGAAGUCGAGUUUAGCGUAGCAGCAACGGCCCUGAAACUACAAGGGAGAGCAACUACCCCCUUGAACAGGGGGGAACUUAGGAGGCGACCUCGCCGACGGAGGCGACGGAAAAAGAAGCGACGGAGGUGCGGCGUAACUUCGAUUGUAGGGUGGACAGAGGAACGAAACGGGUCUGGAGUGGCUUGGCGCUUUGAACGAAGGUGUCACACCAGGGUAGACGAAGGACUUUGAUUACAUCUUCCGCCACCAUCUCGUAUACGCGGUAUACUCUCCCCUCUCUUCGCUAAUUAAAGGUUCUGUAGUGCUCCAGUUUAUAAUUUUAUCAGUAGUGAGCUCAGUGUGAUAAAAAGUCAAAUGAUGUACACAUGUGAUCCACGAUAAUGAUAAUUUGAUAUAUAUAUAUGUAUAUAUAUGUAUAUAUACAUAUACAUAUAUAUAUGUACGUGUGCUUGUGCUGUCUAAGAAUGCGUGAGAUGAGAAGAAUUGAGUGAGAAAAAAAAAGUAAAAAAUUCGCGAAGAAAAAUGCAAUUUCGAAGUGAUAAGUCUGUAUCUAUAUAAAGACGUGUGUGUUAGUGUGUCCGCACGCAAGAGUACAAAACAAAAUAAAUAUACGAAGAGGAAAAGAGAGAGAGAGAGAGAGAGAGAAGAAAAAUCAUAUAAAUCAACCGAGGAUAACCAAAGGAAAGCCCGUCAGCAACGUAGAGAAGUGACAUUAGCAGGUGAGACAGGUGGGACAGUAGCAUGAGUUCGUACUUCGCGAAUUCGUACAUCCCGGACCUGCGAAAUGGCGGGGUGGAACACCCGCAUCAGCAUCAGCAGCACUACGGUGCGGCCGUACAGGUACCUCAGCAAACACAGUCGGUUCAGCAGCAGUCCCAGCAAGCCGGUGAUCCCUGCGACCCGAGUUUGUUACGUCAAGGAGUAUCCGCCCACCAUUAUGGAACCACUACGGGAGGUCAGCAGGACAUGCCUUAUCCGAGGUUUCCCCCGUACAAUCGGAUCGACAUGCGGAACGCGGCCUAUUAUCAGCAUCAACAGGAACACGGAAGUAUGGACGGCAUGGCUGGUUACAGGUCGACGUCUCCGAACCCUAGUAUGGGGGGUCACAUGGGACACACGCCAACUCCCAACGGACAUCCGUCCACCCCCAUCGUCUACGCCAGUUGCAAACUUCAGGCGGCUGCUGUCGAUCAUCAGGGCAGCGUUCUCGACGGACCGGACAGUCCGCCACUCGUCGAAUCUCAGAUGCAUCACCAAAUGCACAGUCAACAUCCGCAUAUGCAGACGCAACAGUCGCAACAUGCGCAGCAGCAGCCGCAGCAUCAGCAUUUACAAGCGCAACAACAACAUAUGAUGUAUCAACAGCAGCAGUCUCAAACCACGUCGCAACAGGGACAAAGCGCGAUGCAUCCUCAACAACAGCAGCAAACUCAACAGCAUCAAGGUGUCGUCGCGUCGUCGCUCAGUCAACAACAACAAGGCGCGCCUCAGAGUGCGGCAAGUUCGAACUUGCCAAGCCCACUGUACCCUUGGAUGAGGAGUCAAUUUGAGAGGAAAAGAGGUCGACAAACGUAUACACGAUACCAAACGUUAGAACUGGAAAAGGAAUUUCAUUUCAACCGAUAUCUCACUAGACGGCGACGUAUCGAGAUCGCACACGCGCUAUGUCUGACGGAACGGCAGAUAAAGAUCUGGUUUCAAAACAGACGGAUGAAGUGGAAGAAGGAGAACAAGACGAAAGGCGAGCCGGGCUCGGGCGAUGGCGACACUGAAAUCUCGCCGCAGACGUCGCCGCAGGGUUGAAAGAGCUCCGAGAAGUGGAACUUCCUUUCCAUCUCUCUCAGGGUCGUUUAUACCUUGUUUCCAGCUACUACCUCCUUCCUACCCAAACCUGAAUCCUCAUCAAUGACCUCCAAAUAAUCCCUGUAAGCAAUGACGCUUAUUUUGUCGUGUUAAUCAUGUUGCUUGUACCAAAAAAAGAAACGAAGCAGAUUAAGGCGAGGAAGUUAUAAAAGGACCCGUAAACGCGCUCGAUAAUGAAUAGAAGGAUGACGAUAAGAAGGGAUGCUGCGAUAAGGCAAGAGGAACGAGAGCGAAAUGAAACGGAGAAGUCUGGAUGGAAUAUUUGCGAAAAUACGCAUGAAUGUUGUGGAUCAGGAUUAUUAAUGAAGAAGAGGAAAAGGAAACGUUAAAAUAAAACUGGAUCACAUGCUAAUCAGAACCGCGUUAACCUCUAUCGAAUAAUUGUACUAAACCUAUAA